AUGGCCGCCAACUUCUGGGCGUCGUCGCACUCCAAGCAGCUGCUGGACCCGGAGGACGUGGACGUGGUGCCGGCGGCGGACCGGGAGCGGGGCAUCACGACGGAGGAGUUCCGCCUCGUCAAGAUCCACAUGUCCUCCCAUAUAUGGCGGUUGGCGCAGCAGGUGAAAGUUAGACAAAGAGUCAUAGCUACUGCCAUCACUUACUUCAGGCGUGUCUAUACAAGAAAGAGCAUGAGUGAGUAUGACCCUCGUUUGGUAGCCCCGGCUUGUUUAUAUUUAGCAUCAAAGGUAGAGGAGAGCACAGUGCAAGCAAGGCUUCUCGUCUUCUACAUAAAAAAGAUGUGUGCAGGUUCUGAUGAUAAGUACCGAUUUGAAAUUAAGGAUAUUCUUGAAAUGGAAAUGAAGCUCCUGGAAGCGCUUGACUAUUAUUUAGUUGUUUACCAUCCUUAUCGUCCUCUUUUACAUUUAUUGCAGGAUGCUGGCGUAACAGACCUGACACAGUUUGCCUGGGGCCUUGUCAAUGAUACUUACAAAAUGGACCUUAUUCUCGUACAGCCUCCCUAUAUGAUUGCAUUGGCUUGUAUAUACAUUGCCAGUGUUCUUAAAGAUAAGGAUACAACUUCAUGGUUUGAAGAACUUCAUGUUGACAUGAACAUUGUGAAGAAUAUUUCAAUGGAGAUACUGGACUUCUACGAAACCUACAAGGUUGACCCCCAAAGGGGGCUCUCCGACGAAAAGAUCAGCCCGAUAAUGAACAAGCUGCCAGCAAAGGCCUAA